UUGUCAUUCGACAAGAGAGUCCUUGGGAACUAUGGAUCAUAUCGAAGAAGUAACCGAUCCGGCCUAUCCUCCCCUACGCAUUCCCUGCCUUAGCCCACAUGCGUAUGAUCAGAUGGACUGGUCAUCUUACCCCGAGCGCGCAGGGUUGUCUAAGGACCGAUUAUUUGACGGGGAUUUCUCCCAGCGCCCACCACACGAGACUGCGGCCUUCUUGCAGGACUGGCUGUAUUUCGGUGUUCUUUGGGUGGUUCUGGGAAACAACGUGUCGAAAUCGGACUACGUGAGAUGGGACACUGAAACCGGCUUUGGAAUCGUCACCACCAAGCUGCUGGAUCAGCAUAUUCAUCGGCGCUUGUUAGAGAUCAGGGAGCUGAUACAAGCCGAUUAUUCUUCCGCGCAAGCUAUAGUGCAAGACAUCGAGACUUGUUUGAGCACUUUAUCGAAGCUCUGCAUGCUUAACACCUUCAGAACUGGAUCCCAUGUCUGGCCAUUGCCGGCGGAUAUCGAUCUUUCAAUCCGCCACUUGGGUGAAUACUUCUGCACCGCGCUAUUUAGCCAGUGGGACUUCCAAUACGAAUGCCCUUUGAUAAACUUCUCGUUUCCAUGCGCCUAUCUUCCCAUUUCGCGCAUGAUCGAAGAGCGCCGAUGCCCUAGUGAGAUGAACAUGGUCUCUCGUACGUUCUCAUCCGCCUCGGCAUACUAUGCGACUCAGCUCAAACGACCCAAAGAGACCCCACGAUUGGAUCACUCGAGCUGCUCAGAUACGGUUUGUGUUGCGCGUCAAUUGGAUGAAACCACAUACCAAACGCAGCACAGCACCGAGGGAUGUGACUGUGCACAUCUCGGGCCCCCUAUCGAUGAGAUUGUGUCCAUCAUUCAAUCCGGUCAGAUCCCGCUCGUUUCUAUCCAAACGACGAAGACACGACCAUAUCUCAAGAUCGCAGCGGAACCGUACAAACGUGGGAAACAGUUUAUCGCAUUCUCCCAUGUCUGGUCUGACGGGUUGGGAAAUCCCGUCCGGAACACGUUGCCUCGGUGUCAGAUCCUGCGCAUCCAAGGUAUCCUCGACGAAGUGCUCUCGAAAGUCGGCACCCUGUCGCUGAUUAACAUGGGUGCCUUCAACACUCUGAGCAGGAAGUUCCAGGGCCCCUCGCUCCUCUUCUGGAUGGACACCCUCUGCAUCCCAGUCGAAGCAAAGUACCGCGAGGUCCGGACGCAGGCAAUUCGAUCCAUGAAACGCAUCUACGAGGACGCCUUCCGGGUCGUUGUCCUCGACGCAGAGUUACAAGCCUCCCCACAGGGCGUAUCCACCGAAGCAUUCAUGCGCAUUUCCCUCUCCCCCUGGAUGCGACGGCUGUGGACGCUGCAAGAGGGAGUCUGCGCGCAAAGGCUGUAUAUCAAGUUCGCAGAUGGCUUCUUCGAACUCCAAACGGAAUACGGACCCAACGGAAACCACAGCCUCAAAAGGGGCGGGUGGAUCGAGCCGCGGAGCAGACAGGUCUACGCCACGCCGCACGCCGACGCGCGGAGCUUCUACUGGAGCUUCCUCACCCUCCGACUCAACGUCACCGACCGCCCAGACCGCAAGAUGAUCGGGAUGAAAAGCACGAGCGGACCACCUUCUUUGGAUCGAGAGAUCCGCAAGCGCUGCAACGCCAUCAUGCAAGCCUACAUGGCCGCGCUGUAUCGCUCGACCAGCCGAAAAGAGGACCAGUUCCUGUGCAUGGCCAGCCUCGUGGGGUGGGAGUUGAAUUCGCUUCGCGGUGUCCCAUUCGAGAAGCGAAUGCAUGCGCUGCUGAGGACGGAGAGCCAUCUCCCGCAAGGCCUGCUGUUCAUGAUGGGCCCGCGAAUGGCCGAGCCGGGCUGGACGUGGGCCGUGAGUCAGUUUGGGAGCUCGAAGGUCUUCGGCAUCACGGUGCCUUUGGGUGAUACUACCCCUGGGCGGGUGGUGACGGGGCAGGGCUUCGCGGUGAAGUACCCCGGGCUGGCUCUGCCGUCGUCUUGUACUCUGGACGACCUUCAGUGUCUGACUAUCAAUGCUCGACUGGAAAAUGGUCCGAGGGUGAGAUUUGUAGUACAGCGGGCUGAGGGAUCGAGAAAGGGGGAUGAGCUGGCUGAAGAAAAGAUUGUGGAUUCCAGUGACAGGAAACAAUCCCCAGAACGCGGCUUAUACGUGAUCUUCUGGGACCAUACAAUGAAAAUGGUUCCUGGGGUGCCGAUGGUGGCCGCCGUGGUGUCGACGUCCAGAGAUUCAAAUUGCUCGACGGACGGGAAACAGGCUGACAGGGUUUUUAAAUUCGAGUCUGUGGCCACCUUAGAAAUACUCGGGACAGCGAAUGAGUUGGACCAGGGACAGCAAGAUGUCGACGACGAUGCUCAGUUGGUGGAGAGGAUGUGGAUCAUUGAGUAG